CACACCACAUCUGGAAGAAGCAAAAUGAGUCGAGCUGUGAUUCUGAUAUCACUGGCGGCCGUCGCCAUGGCCCAGGAGGAGUUCUUCGAGAAGUACACUUUCACGAAGGUCAUGGCAAACUGCUUCGGAGAAGAUGUUUAUUACGACUACCUGGCAAAGGUUGGCAUCGCCCAGAGGGAGUGCCAACAGUUUCCGGUGUCGAGCCUGCAUAGCGUUGAUUACACUUACUACUCGAAAUUGGGAUACCCCGUGAAUGCAGGAGGGCAAGCUUUGUACCAUCAGUACCCUACACAAUAUUUGGGAGUCAACCAGCAGCAUUAUGGCAUCCCACAGACAUACCCACAAUACCACUACGUGAAGAAACGCCAGGCUGAAGGAGAGGCACCAGUACCAGCAGAAGAGCCAGCAGUAGCAGUGGAUCCCCCAAAACAACCCUUCUUCGAUCAGUACUACAUCCUGGAUUCCGUCAACAAGGUCAUGGCUUCUCUGAGCAACUACACCUGCACACUCCACAAACUUGGCUUUAUCGAUGAAUAUCUUAAUCUGCACGCAGCCAAUUAUGUCGAAUCAUACAAUCAGCUGCCAAUCAGUGAUGGAUUGAAGAAAGACCUUGCUGAUGGAAUUAACCACUGCGUCCAGCUGACAUACUGUCUACCUCUGGAGAGGCUCAAGUCCCCCCUCCCCCUCAACCUCCAAUACCUCCUGAUGGCAAUGAAGUGCGAGAAGGAAACGAGGACAGACGCUUGCUUCAAGGACGACCUCAGGAAGAACAUCAACGAAUUCGACCUCUCCUUGUUCCCCGAGGACGACACCGUGGAGAGCAAACUGAACAAACUAUCCGCCAUCGUCAUGGAAGCUGAUUCUCUCAACGAGCUGGAAAUUCUCUGCAAAAUGUGUCGAGCUGUGAUUCUAUUGUCACUGGCGGCCAUCGCCAUGGGCCAGGAGGAAUUUUUCGACAAAUAUAGUUUCACGAAGGUCAUGGCAAACUGCUUUGGAGAAGGUGCGUACUAUGACUACCUUGCCAAAGUUGGCAUUGCCCAGCGGGAGUGCCAACAGUACCCAGUCUCCAGUCUUCACAGCAUCGACUACCCUUACUAUGAAAAACUGGGUUACCCCAUCAACGCCGGAGGACAGCCCAUUUACUCUCAGUAUCCUUCUCAAUAUCUAGGAAACGCUGGACAUCACUAUGGGAUCCCCCAAUCUUACCCACAAUACCACUAUGUGAAGAAACGCCAGGCUGAAGGAGAAACUCCAGUAGUAGCAGAGCCACAGAAGAACCACUUCUAUGAUCAAUAUUACCUGCUGGAUUCCGUCAACAAAAUCAUGGCCGCCCUUAGCAACUACACCUGCACACUCCACAAACUUGGCCUCAUCGACGAAUACCUUAAUCUACAUGCUGCCAAAUACGUCGAACAAUAUAACGUACUUCCAAUCAGCGAUGGACUGAAGAAGGACCUUGCUGAUGGCAUUAACCACUGUGUGCAGCUGACGUACUGUCUUCCUCUGGAAAGGCUCAAGUCCCCCCUCCCCCUCAACCUCCAAUACCUCCUGAUGGCAAUGAAGUGCGAGAAGGAAACGAGGACAGACGCCUGCUUCAAGGACGACCUCAGGAAGAACAUCAACGAAUUCGACCUCUCCUUGUUCCCCGAGGACGACACCGAGAUCGUAUAUAAGGCUCUCGGGAUGAUGAGUCCAUGUGUCACAUCUGUCCACCACAGCCCAAAGGAAGACAAAAUGAGUCGAGCUGUGAUUUUCCUGUCACUGGCGACCGUCGUCAUGGCCGAGAGUGAUUUCACCGAGAAGUACACCUUCACUAAAGUCAUGGCGAGUUGUCUGGGUGGAGAAACGUACUACGCCUAUUUGGCACAAGUUGGCACCGCCCAGAGAGAGUGCCAACAGCUCCCAGUGUCAAGUCUGCAGACGGUUGGUUAUCCAAUCUACCCACAACCUGGAUACCUACACAGCCAAGCUGGUUAUUCCCCAUACAUACAACAACCUACCCACUAUCAAGGGCAUCCAGGACCAGUCUUUGGGGCACCACAAGGAUAUCCCCAGUACCAUGGAGUGCCACAAACUUAUCCUCAGCAUCAAGGUGGACCUCGGUACUAUCCUCAGCAACACGGUGGCCCACAGACCUAUCCUCAGUACUCUAGCGUACCAAAUACUUAUCCUCAGUACUCUAGCGUACCAAAUACUCAUCCUCAACACUAUGUACCGAAGAGUUAUUCCCACUACUUACAGAAACGUGAAUCUCAAGGAGGAGCAUCUACAGUAGCUCCAGUAUCUACAGGAGCUACAGUACCUACAGGAACUCCAGUAUCUACAGUAGCUCCAGUAUCUACAGGAGCUCCAGUAUCAAAUGGAACUACAGUACCUACAAAACCUCCCCCGAAGCAGCCUUUCUUCGAUAAGUACUACCUCCUGGAUUCUGUCAACACCAUUACCGCCUCCCUCAGCAACUAUACCUGUGUCCUCCAUAAGCUGGGUUUCAUUGACCAGUACCUCAACUUACGUGUGGACAACUACAACAACCACUACAGCCAAAAACCAAUUAGCAAUGAACUCAAGAAGGAUUUGACUGAUGGAGUUGCCUACUGCAGAGAUUUAACAUACUGUCUUCCCAUAGAAAGGCUCAAGUCUCCUCUCCCCCUGAACCUCCAACGCCUCCUGCUGGCGAUGAAGUGCGAAAAAGAGACCAGGACCGACGCCUGCUUCAAGGAGGACCUCAGGAAGAACAUCCACGAGUUCGACCUCUCUCUCUUCCCCAAGAACGACACUCAGGAGAGCAAACUCAACAAACUCUCCGCCAUCGUCAUGGAGGCAGAUUCACUUGAUGAACUACAGAUUCUUUGAGGCCUGAAUAUUCUUUCUAUAUUUUCUAACAUGUCUGUAAAAGGUGGUGGGUUUAGGGUAACAAUCUGUAGUACUUAAAUAAAUAAAGAAAAAAGUGA